GCACUAAUACCUAGGUUAAAUUUCUGUGUGGGCUUACCAUUUUGAACUUCGCUUUUGAACUUAUAUGCCACUAACGCGAAUAUUAUGAUGGAGGAUAUACAGGAACAUAAAAGGGAGCGCGGAGAAAAAGUCCACCGGAAAAAGAAAAGUCGAGAUUAUGAGGUUACUGAUCAAACUGCUAAUCGCUUCCUCAAUCAUUUUUCGGACAACAGAUAUGAAAAUGAUGACCAAGAUAACGGCCGUCAUGAUGCCGAGGCCACUGAAGGUUAUGCUGACUUUUAUGCUAACAGAAGACCUUACUCUUCAAGUCGAGUCGUUUGUAGGGAUAGUGUAGAAAGGGCGUACUCAAACGAGAAAGCAGAACGACAUAGGCCGAAGAAAAAACCACAGAGACAUGAAAAUGUGUCAAAUGUGGCUGGUAUGGGACACAAAUAUUCUGUCGAUCACUAUCAAGAAAGUAUCCAUAGUUACGUCAGUGAAAAUGAAAAUCAGUACAGAAGUCGCACAGGUUCUCGAAUUUCUCAAAAUCAAGUACCAUAUCAUCAAGAUGAGGAAAGUGGAGUGUCUGGAUCUAUUCGUUAUGAUGGCUCAGUACCACCUUCUCCCCUUUCAGGCAGCAUUCCCAUUUCUAAUGGUCGUUCUGAGGAACGCCGAGAAUCUUCCUUGGGUUUACACAAUAAUCUGCACUCUGAAUCCUACUCAAGUUACGAACAACGCUUGCCAGAUGAUGGACAUUCUAAUGCGCUUGUUGGGAGUGGACGGGAAUUUUGGAAUCCUGAAUUCGGACAAGGUCAGCAUGAACUCUUACCUCACCAAAAUCUACCUGAGGUUUCACCAACGAAAAAAGUAUUAUCAAAGUUAUUCGCUUCCUUUAAGCGACGCAAGCCGAAAGCUCAUGUAUCACAAAUCACCAAGCCAUCUGAUAAUUCUACAUCAGUUUGUGUCAUUAUGCUUGAUGGUGAGGAGCUUGUUUUCCAGUUGAGUCGUGAUGAUAUUGGUCAAGUUCUUUUCGAUCAGGUGUGUCAUAACCUAGAUCUUUAUGAAGCUGACUAUUUCGGACUGACGUUUGUCAGUAACAAAAUACGUACAUGGUUUUGGCUGGAUUUACAGACCAAGAUUGGAAAGCAGUUGCGAGAUAACGAGGAACGGUUAUUUUAUUUUCAAGUUAAAUUCUACCCCCCUGAGCCAUCCUUGUUGCAAGAAGAGUUGACACGUUAUCAGCUUACUUUACAAAUUCGACAAGAUAUUUACACUGGGAAACUUCCUUGUUCGUGGGUUACACAAGCAUUACUAGGUUCAUUUAUGAUACAGGCAGAAUUAGGCGAUUUUGACCCGGAUAAACAUAUUGGGUUAGAUUAUUUAAAUGAAUUUGAAUUUGUACCAUCACCUACACCCCAGUUGUUGAAAAAAAUUGUGGAAUUGCAUAAAACUCAUAGUGGUAUGAAACCGAAUGAAGCUGAUAUCAAAUAUUUAGAAACUGCGAAACGGUUGGAACUAUACGGUGUUGAUUUACACCCAGCUAAAGAUACGGAAAAUGUCGAUAUUUAUAUUGGCGUUGGUUUUCAUGGUGUAGUUAUUUAUCGUGACCGACUGCGUAUCGGUCGAUUCGCAUGGCCUAAGGUUCUACGUAUCUCAUAUAAAAAAAAUAAUUUCUACCUAAAAAUUCGACCUGAUUAUUCAGAACCUGUAGAAGCUAUUGUAGGCUUUCGUUUGUUAAAUCCACAUUUAGCUAAUCGACUGUGGAAAGCUGCCGUCGAACAUCAUGCAUUUUUUCGACUGAAAGAAACGCCAGCACCUAAAAGACCUUUAUCAACACCUAGUUUAAGUAAAUCACAGUUUCGUUAUACAGGACGAACAUUUUUCCAAUAUCGUACAACGAAUAUCGAUAGACCACAUCCACGGUUUAAUCGUUCAAUUUUGAAGCGACGCACAGCAAGCAUGCCUACUGGUUUAAAUGCAGCUAUGAAUAUACAUACAUUAAACAGAGCACAUCCGCGUGAUAUGACUGUAGGCAAAAUUCAAAAUAAUGACCAGUUACAAGGAUUACGAAGAUUUGGUUCUGUUCAAAUGGGACAUUAUGGUAGUGGAGCAAAUGGGAAUAAUGGUGCGACGCAAUUAUACGGCACUGUUCCACGACAUCAUCCAUAUUCUGAGUCUGUUGUGUCUGAAGUACAAGAUGUACAGUCUCAAAUGAGUAAACAAUAUAGUGAUGGUGUUGCAAAUAGUUUAUCAUAUGGGUCUGUAAACGAAAGUUAUGACAAUGAAGCUCCUUAUAAUGAUUAUGUAAAUUAUCGGCAUUCUGGUAAAGGUAAACCAGAGGAAAUGUUAUCGGUUACAAGUGGAUCUCAAUCAAGUGAUUAUCCUAUUAUUCAACAUGGUCAAAACGAUCGUAAAGGUAGACAUCCUUCUGAGAUAUCAAAUUCCAUAAAUGAACGUAGACCUAAUUCUCCUAUAUAUGCAAAUACUAAAACACAUCGUCAUAAGAAGCAUCAUGAUGAAUCAUCAACUAAUACUGUCCAACAAAAAGAUAAUUACUUUUAUGGUCCGAAUACGAGAAUAAGCAAUUUGUCAUCUAGUCAUAAACCUCCAGUAGGUGGUGUGCCAGUAUUCGGAGGUGUGAUGCUUCCUAAAAGCCAUCAUAAUCAGGAAGCAGAUAGACUGAAACGAUCCGAUCAACUGCGCCCUUUGAAUUCCCCUCAUUUUAAAAAGAAACAGCAAUGUCAUUCAGAAGAGAACGAUGAUGAACAAACUGUAACGCUUACUGAAGACAAGGUUGAUCACAAUCAAUACAAAUCCAGCUCUAAACAUCGAAAACAAUUACAAACAGAUAAUUACAGUGCUGUAUCUAAUCAUAAUAGAUCUAGACAUUCUGGACGAUCACAUCGAAGACAAUCAGGAAACGUAGAAGGCAUGUUAUAAUUUGAAGAACACCCAUCAUGUAACAAACUUUAUUAUCUGGCUUCUUGACCAAUUAAUUGGUCGUCGUUUUCUAUUAUUAUACAUACUCAGCAUGGGGCUUCCAUUUUUUUGCUUACAUAUUUGAUCCUUUCCAGUUUUUAUUUGUUAUGUGAUUAUUAACACUUUUAUAUUUUAUCCUUUGUGAUUUAAACAACAAUUAUUCAGACAAUAUUCAAAACUUGUUCGCACCUAUCCAUCCAUACGUAGUAUGCACACGCACAAUAAGUCUUACUUAUUGUACCACCUACUAUUCACUUAUUGUCUUUUACACAUUAUUUUACGCUCAUUAUGAUUACUGUGUUUUUCUUUUUAAAUAUUUUUUGUCUCAUUCCAUUUUUUUACUACGUUAGCGUUGGUGAUUUACUCAUGCGUACAUAUCAUUCGGAAAAUUAUCUUUGUUUUUUAAAUUUCUUUAAAAUUGUUAUUUGUACAUGGUUUCGUUUUUAAACCCCAACAUAUCUAUUCAUUCAUCAAUCUAGUAGAUUGUUCGAGAGACUAAAUGAUAUAUAUAUAUAUAUAUGUUCGGCGUAAUUUUUGUAGCUCCCUAUUACGAAUUCUUAACCCUCCUGACACGAUACAUCUGUUUGAUUUCAGUAAAUAGUUUAACAAUAAAAGAAUCUAAAGCCAAAAUGAAUUGGAAUUUCUUAGUAUAGAUUAAAGCCAGUUUUGCAAAUGUCCACAUAGUAGUAGCGUUGAUGAUUUAUCUGACUCUUCCUCAUUUCAGCAGUAAUGAUCGGUGCAACCUUGUUUCAGUCAUUAUUAAUUAUCCAAGCCUAAGCUAUUUCAGUGAGAAUAGCUAUAUUCGUAAUAUUGUUUUCAGUUAGUCUGUUCCGAGAAAAAUUGGAUCGAUGAGGAAUGCCGAUUAACAUAAAAACUAAGUUAAAGGGGAUACUGCUGAUUGGUUCAAAUCAUUGAACAUCAAAAGAAGUGCAAUACGAUAUCGAGUCUCUAAGACUUUGUAACUUAAAGACGAAUUCCUGUAAAUCACAGGAAGCUUUCUUCAGAAAACAUUAAGUGCAAUAAUUGAUUGUACUUCAUAUCUUAAUGUGUCGACAAAUAAUCUAUUCUGAGUAAAUUAUAAAAGUUCAGACACGUAGUUAUUACACCAACUAUUUAUGCCUAACCUAGGGAAUACUAAAUAUCCAAAGUUUCCAAGCUGAUCCCCAUCGUCAUGAGAACGCUUACCUCGUUUGAUAACUAUGAGGUAGUCACGCUUUUCCAGUCCUUUGCGCUAAUUAGAUUAUAUUGUUAGAGUGGUUUUGUGUUUGUCAGCCUCCAAAUGCCGUAGUACGACCGAGGACGAGAAAAAUCCGCUCUCCCUCUCGAGAUGCUCUCACAUGGCCACGCGUAUACAGCCACUGACAGGGAAAUC